AUGUCGUCGGAUGGAGAGUUCACGAGAACUCAAAUUUUCGGUACCGUGUUUGAAAUCACAAACAGAUAUACCGACUUGAACCCUGUUGGUAUGGGUGCUUUUGGUUUGGUUUGUUCUGCCGUUGACAAAUUGACUGGUCAAAAUGUUGCCGUUAAAAAAAUCAUGAAACCCUUUUCAACUUCGGUUUUAGCCAAAAGAACUUAUAGAGAGUUGAAGUUGUUGAAACACUUGAGACAUGAAAACUUGAUCACCUUGGACGAUAUAUUUAUUUCGCCAUUGGAGGAUAUUUAUUUUGUCAAUGAGUUACAAGGUACAGAUUUACACCGCUUAUUGACGUCAAGACCUUUGGAGAAACAGUUUAUACAAUAUUUUACGUAUCAGAUAUUGAGAGGCAUGAAAUAUAUACACUCUGCAGGAGUGAUCCAUCGUGAUUUGAAACCUUCGAAUAUUUUGAUCAAUGAAAAUUGUGAUUUGAAAAUUUGCGAUUUCGGUUUGGCUAGAAUUCAAGACCCGCAGAUGACUGGUUAUGUCUCGACAAGGUACUACCGUGCACCAGAAAUUAUGUUGACUUGGCAAAAGUACGAUACCGAGGUGGAUAUUUGGUCCGUUGGGUGUAUAUUGUCCGAGAUGAUCGAGGGAAAGCCCUUGUUCCCGGGUAAGGACCAUGUACAUCAGUUCUCCAUCAUAACGGAGUUAUUAGGAAGCCCUCCACCUGAUGUCAUUGAUACCAUUUGUUCAGAAAAUACAUUGAGGUUUGUCCAAUCAUUGCCUCAUAGAGAUCCUAUUCCAUUCAGUGAAAGAUUUGCUUCUUGCACCCAUGUUGAACCAGAAGCUAUUGACUUGUUAUCCAAGAUGUUGGUGUUUGACCCUAAGAAGAGGAUCAGCGCAGCAGAAGCUUUGACCCAUCCAUACAUGGAGCCAUACCAUGAUCCAACUGAUGAGCCAGUAUGUGAAACCAAAUUCGAUUGGAGUUUCAAUGAUGCCGACUUGCCAGUUGACAAUUGGAGGGUAAUGAUGUAUAGAGAGAUUUUAGAUUUCCAUCAAAGUAUUGGAGUUGGAGGCAGUGGACUCGAUUACCAACAACAACAAGUUGCUGAUGCGGAUGGAAACACUGAGAAAUUGGACGAGUUAAAUAGACAACAGCAGCAACAAUUUGCUCAAGAGCAACAAACCUAG